AUGGCGCCGAAACCAAUGAAAAAUAUGGUCAUUGCCAUCAGUGGCACGUUUCCUGGCUACAAGCAGGCCGAUAUCAAGGUUCUUGUGGAGGAACAAGGUGCCUUGUUUAGCUCUUCGGUUACUGAUCAGUGUACCCAUCUGAUCACGACUCAGAAGGAUGUGGAAAAGAAGGGUACCAAAUACCAAGCUGCUGUUAAAUCGGCUACUUGCAAGAUCGUGUCAAUUUCCUGGCUGGAAGAAGUGGUUGCCUAUGAGAAGAAGGUCGCUGAAAACGCCUAUCUCCUGGAUGCGGGCGAAGCCGCUGAUGCAGCUGAUGGUGAUGAUGCAGCGGCUGAUACUAAGCAAAAUGGGAAGAGGACUACUCGAAAGGCCGCUGCCAAGGCCGCUGACAAGACUGCCGAUGAUGCUGCCAGUCAAGAUGCCAAUGGAGAUGACCAAAAGCCUGCCAAGAAGGCCGCCAAGUCCGAUGCGAAGUCUGCAGGAGCGGCAAAGACCGCCAAGAAGCGAGCUAUCAAGGAUGAAGAUAAAGAUGAAGAUGAUGAAGCCGACGCCAAGCCUACCAAGAAGCAGAAAAACUCUCAAAAGGCUUCCUCCAAGACCAUGAGUAUCCCUGUGGAUGAGAAUUUCAUCUACGAGAGACCCGACUUCCAGAACCCUCAGGUCUACAUUGCCAAAUCAGGCAUGAUUUGGGACGCCACUCUGAACCAGACCAACUCUACUGCCAACAACAACAAGUUUUACCGCAUUCAGAUCCUCACUACGGCGGAUGCCAAGAACUUCGUGACUUGGACUCGCUGGGGACGUGUCGGUGAAAACGGCCAGUCUGCGUGCCUUGGCGAUGGUACUCUGGAAGUGGCCCAGAAACAUUUCGAAAAGAAGUUCAAAGACAAGAGUGGCCUUGCCUGGAAGAACCGUCUCGAUACUCCCAGAAACGGAAAGUACACCUUCCUCGAGCGAAACUACGAAGAAGACGACGAAGAGGAAGAGAAGGAGAACGAGAAGAAGGCUGUUAAGAAAGAGCCUACCGAAGAGAGGCCCCCAGUCGAAAGCAAGCUGGAGAAGCCCAUCCAGGACCUGAUGUCGUUCAUCUUCAACCAACAACACAUGAACUCCGCUUUGGCAUCUAUGUCUUACGAUGCCAAGAAGCUGCCACUAGGAAAACUGAGCGAGAGAACACUGAAGGCUGGUUUCUCCGUGCUUAAGGAGCUAGCGGAACUGCUAGUUGAUUCGUCUCUCGCAACUACCCGGUACGGCACGAGCCUUGGACCUGCUCAGGAGAGCCUAAGCAAUCGCUAUUUCACCUUGAUCCCGCACGUCUUCGGCCGUAACCGGCCCCCGAUUUUGGUCAACGAUGCCAUGAUCCGGAAGGAGGUUGAGCUUCUGGAAGCCUUGACGGACAUGGAUGUCGCCAACGAGAUCCUGAAGGACUCGAAGCAGGCAGAUGAAAUCCACCAGCUGGAUCGCCAGUUCCAGAGUCUGGGCAUGGAGGAGAUGACACGCCUGGACCCCAAAUCAACCGAGUUCAGCGAGUUGUCCGACUACCUAAACAACUCUCGCGGCGCUACCCACCAUCUGGAGUACAAGGUAAUCGAUAUCUUCCGCAUCGAACGCAAAGGCGAAACAGACCGCUUCACAAACUCCCCCUUCGCAACCCUCUCAACCAGCAACCGCCGCCUCCUCUGGCACGGCUCCCGCAGCACAAACUUCGGCGGCAUCCUCAGCCAAGGUCUCCGCAUCGCACCCCCCGAAGCCCCCGUAAACGGCUACAUGUUCGGCAAGGGCGUCUACCUCGCCGACACAUCCAGCAAAUCCGCCAACUACUGCUGCUCCUACAACAGCGCCAACCAGGGUCUGUUAUUGCUGUGUGACGCCGAACUAGGUGAUCCCAUGUUCGAACUCGCUGAUAGCGAUUACUUGGCUGGUGAGAAUGCGAAAGCGGAGGGGAAAAUUGCGACACUGGGGAAGGGUAUUUCCAUUCCCGGUGGAUGGAAGGAUGCUGGUGUUGUUAAUGAGAAUCUGAAGGGCGUGCAGAUUCCGGAUGUGGGCGUGGGAUCGGUGAAGAGGGAGGAUGAUGACCGCGUUUAUUUGCAGUACAAUGAGUACAUCGUUUAUGAUGUUGCUCAAAUUCGGCAGCGGUAUUUGUUUUAUGUUCACAUGAAGUGA